UAAGGAGCAGAUUUAUGAUGUGUAUAGAUACUUGCCUCCAGCUACACAAGUGGUUCUGAUCAGUGCCACUUUGCCUCAUGAAAUUCUAGAGAUGACCAACAAAUUCAUGACAGACCCCAUUCGCAUCUUGGUGAAACGUGAUGAGCUGACCCUUGAAGGAAUCAAGCAGUUUUUUGUGGCUGUGGAGAGGGAAGAAUGGAAGUUUGACACCUUGUGCGAUCUCUACGACACACUCACAAUCACCCAGGCUGUCAUCUUCUGUAACACCAAGAGAAAGGUAGACUGGCUCACAGAGAAGAUGAGAGAAGCCAACUUCACAGUUUCAUCCAUGCACGGGGACAUGCCACAGAAGGAGAGAGAGUCCAUUAUGAAAGAGUUCAGAUCUGGCGCAAGCCGAGUCCUUAUUUCAACAGAUGUUUGGGCUAGAGGCCUGGAUGUGCCUCAAGUGUCCCUGAUCAUUAACUAUGACUUACCCAACAACAGAGAACUCUACAUACACAGAAUUGGCCGGUCAGGCAGAUAUGGCCGAAAAGGUGUAGCAAUCAACUUUGUGAAGAAUGAUGACAUCCGCAUCCUGCGAGACAUUGAGCAGUACUACUCCACCCAGAUAGAUGAGAUGCCUAUGAAUGUUGCUGAUCUUAUCUGAAGGUCUGUGUUUACCAUGGAGUUGUACUCAUACUAUGUAGUAGCCUCCAUAAUUCUGUUUUGGACCCACAACCUUUUAUCAUACUGCUGAUCGUAUGUUCUUGAGUUGAGCUGCACUUGGGAACUUGUGUAAAUAAUGUCUUUACUCCCACCCAAAUUUUUCAAUAAAAAAAAAAGGAAGUUUUACCAUAA